UAUAAAUAGUGGGGGAGGGAAGGGAAAUCUCCACGAUCGACGUUCCUUGUUUUGGGUAUAGGAGUAAUCCGAACGAGACAUCUGAGAGGACUACUAAAGUGCAAUGGCACGUACCAAGCAGACAGCGCGUAAGUCCACUGGAGGCAAAGCCCCGAGGAAGCAGCUGGCCACUAAAGCUGCCCGGAAGAGUGCGCCCUCCACUGGUGGAGUGAAGAAGCCCCACAGAUACCGUCCUGGUACUGUGGCUCUUCGUGAGAUCCGUCGGUACCAGAAGUCCACUGAGCUUCUGAUCCGGAAGUUGCCCUUCCAGCGCCUGGUGAGGGAGAUUGCCCAGGACUUCAAAACAGACCUUCGCUUCCAGAGCGCUGCUAUUGGAGCUCUGCAGGAGGCUAGUGAAGCAUACCUGGUGGGUCUGUUUGAGGACACUAACCUGUGCGCCAUCCACGCAAAGCGUGUCACCAUCAUGCCCAAGGACAUCCAGCUGGCCCGGCGAAUCCGUGGCGAGCGUGCUUAGAUAGCUCACUCUAUUAAUCCACCUUUUUUGGAGGGGGUUGGGGGGAGGAGGUCUUGGGGUGGGUUCUUACACUCAACUACAAAUGCUUGUUGUAGUUUUAAGCUUACAUAUUUUUUUGUAAUUUUUUUUGGUAGUUGUGGUAGGGGAGGGGAAUCUUGUGGUUCUUCAGCGUGACAGUAGGGGGCGGUGUCUGAACAUUCCGGGAGCUCCUCUCAGGGUUUUAAAGUUUGUAUUUUAGACUUUGGUAUACCUCUGCCUGUGCGCUCUAGUCUGCAUGCUACAUGGUGAUAUUAGAACGUGUCCAUUUUAUUUCUAUCAUGAUUCUAUUUUUCUCCUCCAUUGUGGCCAUUUGGUUGUAAAUAAACUUUCCACUACCUCA